GCACAGGUUUACUUAUCACAGCCGUAGUAGCUAGCUUUUACAUGUGAAGUCAUUAUAGCCAUGAGCGUGUUUGUCACUAUACCUUAUGGGGUGUUGAAUUACUACAGAUGAUAAAUAUAUAUAAUUCGGCAAAAAUGCAUACAACAGCCUACCUCCAAUAACAUUCAAUGAGAAUGAUUUCAUUAACGUUGGCAAGUUGUAGCUAGCUGGGCUUGAUAAAGAUAGCUAGCUAGGAUUGAGUCAGCUAUAGCUAGCCAGCAAGGCUAGUUAGCUAAAACAGCCCUCUACCGUAGCUAGCGGGUUAGAUAAAAGCGAUUCAUAAAGCUGACAACCUAUAAUAUUGUCCGUUGAUCUACAAAAUAUUGUUCAAAACCCAGUAGGCGUCUUGUGGGACACAAAAACGGGACAUCAUGGAAAAGGCAGAUUUCUUAAAGGGUCUUCCAGUUUACAAUGAGAGCAACUUUAGCCGGUUCCAUGCAGACUCUGUGUGCAAGGCGUCGAAUCGAAGACCAUCCGUCUACCUUCCAACACGCGAGUACCCCUCAGAACAGAUCAUUGUCACAGAGAAAACAAAUAUACUCCUGCGCUAUCUUCAUCAACAGUGGGACAAAAAGAAUGCCGCAAAGAAGAGGGAACAGGAACAAGGAGAGGGAGGGAGUCCAGCACCUCCACGCAAAAUCCCCAGGACAGAUAGCCAAGAGAUGAAUGAGGACUCUUAAGAGUGUGUGUAUGUGCAUGGCUAAGAUUGUUUAUGUCUGUGUGCACAGAAAUGUGUAUCUCUGGAGAGAGCAUACAGAUAGGCAAAACAGACAUAGGAGGACAGACACAACAGACAUGGAUUGAAGACAUACAAAGACUCACAAACAACGGGAGAAAGAGUCCAUCAUGAAAUGGGAAAGGAGAAACAACCAUUUAUGUUACUUUUUUGUUAUUUUCUGCAAAGACCUUUCUGUCAGGUCCAGUUCUGUUUUCAGCUUCACUGCCCAGCCUUGACUAUAUGGAAACUUUGCAAUAUUCUCACGUUUCUUUCAGCCGACCCGAAUAUGCACUGUGAAAUGCUGCCUACCACAAGAGCGAAAUAACCUCACUCUCUCCUAGACUUGUGAUAGAGUUCUUGUGCACUAUCUUCCGUUUUGUUUUGAAUUUGCGUUUCUGAAGUCUGUGCCGCCUUGUUUCAGUGUACAUUUUAGGUCUUGGAUGUAACCUACAUCUACUGCCCCCUGCUGGAUGAUAAGGCUUAUAUGACAAGUAUCUCGACAGCUUGUUAGCUUUCAGUUCAAGGUUUUGCUUUCUGGCAAUGUAUCCCUGUAAAAAGGAUGGUACCUAAAGGAUUUGUUAGGGGUUCAAUGAAGUUCUUGAAGGAAAAAUGUGAAAGGGUAUUUUUAAAUAAUUCCUUUUAAAUGGUUCCUCAUUGUACCAAUCUCUUCAAAAAUGAACCGGUAAUUACAUUUAUUUUAAGGAAUCAUAAUUUUUUUUGAAAUAAUUCCUCUGGGUUUCCGACAGGAUCCUUUUCAUAAAGUAUAUAAUAGAAUGGCAGGGUUAAAGUGUUUAAUAUAACAGGAGUUGACUGCUACUUAUGCUUAAAAAAAUAUGAAGGUACAGCUAAAAAAACAAACAGUAUGUCAACAUAAAAGGUAGAGAGAAUAGCAUUCAGUUUGAUGACAUAUUUACUGCACCCAAUGCCAGCUGUUAGAUAUUAAAGUCUUGGCUUGAUAUUUCCCAAAAUAAAUGCUGCAUCUGCCUUUUAUAACAUGAUUACAUGUAGCUACAAGGGUGUAAUACUAGCUGCUCUUUAAAUAUUGAAAGCACUGAUGUUAUUGGUCAUGAUCUUGCCCUGCAUGGCUAGGUUUUUGAUUUCCCAGGAUUGGGGGACCUAGGUGGAGCGGAGGUUAUAGUGAUAUGAAGUGUAUACAUGUACAUCCACCUUCCAUGGAAUGCACAAAUAGAAUGCACAACAAAGUCGCCUUCCUGCCUUCCAGAGAUUCAGGCCAGGAUUGAAUCUGAUCAUAGGCAUUAUGGCUUUCAACCUGUGAUGAGAAAAUCCUGGCCUCAGCUUGUACUGGUAUUGUACUACCCUGAAUGUAGGGCUGUUUUUCAGUGUAGGAAAACGAGUGCAGGUGAAAGGAAUGGAAAUGAUUUGUAUUAUCUUGUAUAAAAAUCUAGUACAAUAAAUGUUCUAUAAUGUUGCACCCUU